GCACUUCACUCAAAUUCUGUGCCACUUCAUUGUCUCCAGAGGUUGUAUGGCGAGAUAGAGUUCCUCUCAAGGUGAGCAGGUUCGGUGAGCCAGGAGAUUCUCGUUAAGCCGAUCACCCCACAUCCUGCAUACCUACGUUUGUGUUGGUCUCGACGCGCCCAUCGUGGCUUCCACUUGCCAGGAAGAGAUUGAUAAAGAACCUUGGAGUCGACGGCCGUAAUAUCAGUUAAAUUUAACGUCGAACUCCGUUACAACCUCGGAGAUCCGGCCUCUCUCAGCCUCUGGAUGCGCAACACUCCAUCACCUUGAAUCUCGCUCCGCCAAGCCCAGCCCACUCACUGUUCUCACUUCUCAGCGAAGCCCGAGUGACCGUGCAACAUAUCAUCGACCAAAGCGUUGUGUUCUCAAACACACACUCUCUAGACCGCCGAGCGGGGCCCGCGUCCUGCGUUGCCCCCAAGUGAUGCGAUGUCACGAUACCUUGCGCCUACCAAGAUCGGCUUGCUGGCGCUUAUUGAACUGUACGCCGAAGGAGCAGUGCCCAAUGAUGCCGCCAUUUCGGUGCUCAACUUCAUCACAUCUCAGCUGCUGGACUCUAGCUUAGCGAGCCCGUCGCAGAAUCCAGCGGAACGGUGGAAGAAGGCAGAGACCACGAUCAAACUGACCGUAUCUGUGAAUCACUUCGAAGAACUGCUAGGCAGCUUUGCCACGGCGGAUGGACUCCCCGGCCGGCGCCUGUGGGACAGAUUUCUAGAGAAGCUUUGGGGGAUAGACUCACUGCAUGCCCUGCACGAUUUCUUUCACCAGAUACCAAACCUGCUGGCAAGGACGAAAGCCGAGCUGCGCGAGCUGGCGGAGCGUGGAGAGCGGCCUCCUUCGGGUGUGCUCUUUUCACGAAACUCUCCCUUUGGGCUCUUCAUCAGGAGAUCACACCUGGAGUUCUCGAAGCUGCAGUUCGAUCAGGUGGCCGAACUAUGGCGGAUGUUUGUCAGGUAUCGCCAGCCGACGGCCGGGUAUUGGAGGCGUCGGAAUCCUCACUACAGCCGGUAUAGUUUCGACUCGGUUCUUCUCGAGGACCAGCAUGAAUGGAGGGGCCAUACCGACGACGUUGCCGUGGCGGCUUACGGAAACAUGCUGCUUAUGGGCGACGAAGAUGUGCCGGUGUCAGUCAGCACGGACGACAUUGAAAGCCUGCUUGAAACUCAAAUCGAGCAGAUUCAGAAAUACGGAACCAGAGUACCGCCGGAUAUCAGGGACCAGUUCGAGAAGCUGCUAAAGAGUAGCCGGACCAUCCCAAGCAUGGCCCGCUAUCUCAGCUUUUCCGAUUCAUGGCGGUCGGGCGACUUCCCGGGAACCUUCGACGACCUUCACCGUUACUUCGACUACACCUUGCAGAGUCGGGAUCGCUUAUUCUACCAAUACGCCCUGCUGAACCUCGGGAUCGUGCAGUCGGACUUUGGCUGCCACAAAGAGGCAGUCGCAACCAUGCUGGAAGCUAUCACAACCGCGAAGGAGAACAGAGACACGACGUGCCUCAACUUUGCGCUGAACUGGUUUGCCCACUUCGCCCGGUCGCACCCUAAACUCAUCAGGGAGGUAGGGGACAGCAGCAUGCUUGGAAGCGGGAAAGAGUCACUCGUGUUCCUUCGAGCCAAAGCGAAGGAGACGGGAUUGUGGAUAUUGUGGAUUUCAGCGUUGUUGAGUGAGGCUAGCCUUUCGUUGUCGAGCGGCGAGAGCGUCUCGGCUGCCAUGGAAAGCCUGGUACGAAGUUCGCGCCUUAUUGUGGGAAAGAACGCGAGGACCCUGAUCGGCCCUCAGCUCUCCCUGUGCGCCGGGCUGUGGGACAGGCUCGGGUUGACCGUCAUGUCGACCAUGACAUGUGAAGUUUUUCACCGGUGUCAUGCACGCAGCUCGGUCUUGGACGAUCAGCUGAAACUCACUUGCCGUGUUGCCGGCCUCCUUGCCGGCAAGGGGCAGUACGACGAGGCAUUUGCGAAGCUGGAGGGCAUAGACACCAAUGCUCUGCGGUCGGUGAAGGCCAACCAUUACUGGCACCUCUACCGUGGCCUUCUCAAGCUACGCCGCGAUCUACAUCACAAUAACCUCGAGUCCGCCGAAGCUCUGCUCUCCCAACUGCUCCAGCACAGUCCGGAUGAUACCGACGCCGAGAUGCUCUCCACAAUCGACACGUUGCACAUCGAAGCACUCAUUCGCCGUCAAGACUUCGAUGCUGCCUUUACCAAGGUCGAAAGCCUGCUUUCCGGCCUCCGCGACACCAACACAGAGGUACUCAAGCGCAUCCGGCUGCUGCUCAUCAAGGUCCACCUCUUUGAUUGCACCGGCCGCCCAGAGAAGGGCUUCAGCCUCGCGAUGCGCGCCGCGAGCAUGGCGUGGCGCUCACGCCUCGUAACGCUUCUGUGGCAAGCCAUCGGCGCGCUAGCCAACAUCCUCAACUGCCUUGGCGAGUUUGCAGGUGCCGAGCGACUUCUCGUUGCUCUCCUACCCCGCUGCCUCGAGACGGACGAGGCUGACAUCGCCGGCACGCUGUACAGCCUGCUGGCGGAUGCAAGAAUAGGGUUGGUGGGUGAAAUGAAGGCGCACCGCGGAAGCGCACCUGAGCGGGCUAAGCUGAUAGGUAAAGUGCACAAGGCGCUGGACUCGGCUUUCAAGUGCUUCUCCGCGGUGGAGGAUGUCAAUAAGCAGUGUGAGGUCAUGGCGAAGAAAGCGACACUCUAUAAGGUUGAAGGCGAUUAUGACCGGGCCGAUAGCUGUACGGACACGUACCUGGGGCUGUGGCAGGACGAGUUGGCGAGGAGAUAGGAUGGUACUAGCGGGACUCAAGCGUGUAAUGCUAAUGCCAUCGACACAUAGAGAGAAGUAGCUGUCAGACCAGAUAUCCCACAAUUAAUAUAUCAUAGUCACUGGCGAACUCGGCG